AUCCGUUGGUACGGAACGCGCGGCAACGUAUUCCAUUCUCUGUUCGGCGUAUCGGACUAUCAUUUAGCGUCAGAAGUAACAGUUAUGUUAUGCAAGAUCAUUACAUCGCUGGCCGCUAACCCGCUGCGCUAUUGAAACUUCGUCGUGCGUACGUAUGGCGUAUGGCUUACCCUAUGGCAUGGCAUCGCAGAACGUCGCACUGUGCGUCUUUAUCGCCGCUUUUCUCCACGUCAGUCUCGGUCAAACGCCGCCCAAAUCUGAGGUCCUGCCCGAAUUUCUGGAACGCUUGGAAAAUUACACGGUUGUUCAAGGUCGCGACGUCUUCUUCACCUGCGUCGUUAAUCAUCUUCAGUCUUACAAGGUCGCCUGGAUAAAGUCGGAUUCGCGUGCGAUUUUGGCCAUUCACACGCAUCUGGUAGCGCACAAUCCACGCUUGUCCGUCACUCACAACGGCCAUAACACAUGGAAGCUGCACGUGACUAACGUUCAACCGAACGACUCCGGCGCAUACAUGUGUCAAGUUAAUACGGAUCCUAUGAGGAGCCAGACCGGUUACAUGAACGUAGUGAUACCGCCCGAUAUCAUGGAUCUGGACUCGGCGGAUUCCCUGACCACUAAGGAGAACGGCGAUCUGCAACUGCGAUGUCGAACGACCGGCGAUCCAAAACCUGUCGUGUUUUGGCGGCGAGAGGACGGUCGGAACAUUACCCUGAGGAACGAGCAUCAAGCAGUUAGACGAACGUUAACAUACGAGGGUGAGCAGCUUCAUUUGAGGAACAUUCAACGGCAUGAGAUGGGGUCUUAUCUCUGCAUCGCAUCAAAUGGAGUGCCACCGUCGGUCAGCAAGAGAUAUUACGUCAAUGUCCGUUUCAAACCGCUGAUUAAAGUCGCAAACCAGUUAGUGGCGGCGCCCGUCGACAGCGAUGUCCUUCUUCAGUGUUACGUGGAGUCCUCGCCGAAGGCUCUGAACGCAUGGUACAGAAAUAAUGGAGUCAAAUUACUGAAGGAUGAGAAACACGACAUAUCAGAAGUAACUAUCAACGAUUAUUCAUAUAUGCUAAAUCUCACUGUCAGACGACUAGAUCAAUAUGAUUUCGGCACUUAUACGUGCAUCGCUGAAAAUGCUUUUGGGAAAGCAGAAGCAUCUAUAAGAUUGCAAGAGUUGCAGAUACCUAAACCAACGAUAACAUCCCCGCGCAAUAUUGAAGUCAUCGAGAAGCACGUCUGGCGGAAACAGAUGGAGAAGAAGAAGAAGCACCAAUCUGAUCUGACUUCGAAGAACGUGGGCCAUACCACGCCAAUGUCUAAGAGAAACUCGUCGAGCUUCUCGCCGAAUAUCGCGAACAAGUCGAGAAAUUCCGUAUUUCCGGCACCAGCACCGGCAUUGGCCCCGGCACAUUCGGCACCGACGCAACUGGACGCUCGUAAUAGCGUUAAAUCGUCCCGCGACUUGCGAUUAUGUCAUAUCGGCUUCGCUGUGAUAAUUCUUAUAAUUUUAAAUUGCGACUAAAAUAAAAAAAAUAAAUCUAUUUCGACAAAAUCAUUAAGUUACAAUGAAAUUGACUGUUCAUUGUGAUUACGAUCGCUGGAGGAUAUAUAGGAUAUAUAGGAAAAUUACAUUGAAUUGACAAUGGAAUCAUUUUUUGUUAAAUUUACAGCACAUCACAAGAGAAAAUGUGAGAGAAACACGACAUAUAGAGAGCAUUGGUUUUAUUGUAAAUAAUAAAACAUUUUUAUGACAAUAAAUGUAGUUACGUAUAUAUGUAUAUACAUAUAUAUACACAAAAAAUAGAUUGUGUUAAAAACACAUACUUAUAACUGCCAUUAUUAUUCAAAAUAAAAAAAUAUAAUAUUUGCUGAAAUUAAAUUUUUAUUGGGAGUGCGCGCUUUAGGUGAUAUUAACGUAACACAUGCGAUUUGGUUUGAAUGAAAAAACACCAAUUCAUAUAUUUUUUAAUAAUAGGCAUUAUAUUGAACAUAUGGUUUAGUUUGAACGAAAGAACACCAUUUCGUAUAUUUUUUAAGAAUAGGCAUUAUUGAAAAAUUUGAGAAGUUAUUCCCUCUUUAAUUUAUUCGUGUAAUUAUCGCGUGGUUAAUUGAUAAGCGUAGAUAUACAUCGAUAAAAUAAAUAUAAAGAGGGGUCCAUACCAAAAACCGACUAAGUUGGGGAUUUGUUAGUCUCUAGAAACUGACUGAUAGAUUCGUUCUCUAGGAAUCAGCUGUAUUUAUCUUGAACGAGAAUUGUGGCAUUCGUGUAUAUAUGUAUGACAAUAAAUGUUGU